CUUUUUUUUCUGUUUGUAAGGACUAAUUUAGAACUUGCAGAUUUGAGCUGCCUGAAUUGGCUAGACAGCUGUAAUCGCACUCCUCCUAGUCUUAAUCUCUUUAUCUGGGCAGCAGCUGCCAUAUGGUCUCAGUCAGCUGGAUCAGAUGUUUAUAAGCCUCCUUCUCCGUCCCUCUCUGUCCUCCCAGUCUCCUAAUUUGAUCGCUGCUACCUUGUGAGCUGUCCUGCAAUCUUUAUUUUUAGCCAUCUUAAGGAUUAGGAUUGAUGUGGACUACGGGGCACUUAAAGUGAUUGUAUUGUAAAUCUGCUGUGGACCGCCUCUUUGGGGAGGAUGUUCCAUUUCUCCAAAGAUUUGGGGAGGGGGAAAAGGGGAGGAGAGGGUUGGCGAGAGGUUUGUUAUCCCCCCGUCCCCCUAUAAGCCCCUCAUUAAUGAAGGUCUGAACGCUGUUUGGGGUGGGGUGGGGGGCUUUGGCUUGCUAUCCCAAUCAGAUUUAAAUGAAGAUUCAAAUGAGUUCAUUUAAGUCCGCUGGUUGAACAUGACGCUGGUGCAUUUUUUUAGAUGGGAACGAUCUCCGCGGGUAACAGGUUAUGAAGACAGCAUGGAGUUUCCAGACCACAGCAGACAUUUGCUACAGUGUCUGAGCGAGCAGAGACAUCAGGGAUUCCUUUGUGACUCCACUGUGCUGGUCGGUGAUGCCCAGUUCCGAGCCCAUCGUGCAGUGCUGGCUUCAUGCAGCAUGUACUUCCACCUCUUUUACAAGGACCAGCUAGACAAAAGGGACAUUGUUCAUCUGAACAGCGACAUUGUCACGGCCCCGGCCUUCGCUCUCCUGCUUGAGUUCAUGUACGAGGGAAAGCUCCAGUUUAAAUCGCUUCCAGUGGAGGAUGUGCUGGCUGCUGCCAGCUACCUCCACAUGUACGACAUUGUCAAGGUGUGCAAGAAGAAGCUCAAGCAGAAGGCCACGACUGAGGCCGACAGCACCAAGCGGGAGGAGGAUGCAUCCAGCUGCUCGGAUAAGGUGGAGAGCUUCUCGGAAGGUGGAAGCACGGGCCGGCCGGCCACCGCUGACCUGCUGCAGAGUGAUGACGAGGACAUGGAGAACAAACGGGACAGCCCUCAGGAGCCGGGGAGCAUGUGGAUGAGACUGCCUUCUGACCGGACCACGUCUCCCACCACCAGCCCCAGGGAAGCAGAAACGCACGGCCCCGACACUGGCAAAUCCCCUGCCGGCAGCCCCAGCAGCUCCACCGGCUCCCGGUCCCGUCGCUCUGCAGCGUCUCGGAGAGUCUCCGCAGACACAGAUUGUGUGCUUGAUCUCUCUGUGAAGUCCAGCCUGGGCGGGGGUCCUGGGGAGACCAUGUCAGGCAACCAUUACUUCUGCAGCUCUGUCACCCCAGACAGCCUUCAGAGUGCCCUGGUUCAAGUCAAGGUGGAGAAGGACACAGGCUCAGACGACGAUGAGCUGGUGAGCGGCGACUACGAGAUGGAGCACAGCGGUGUGAAGGAGCCGCCUAGCACCAACGGGACUCACAUCAGCCUUGUUGCGCAACGGAGGCUGGGCCUGGAGGCUCACCUUUCGGCCUUGCGUGAGGCCUCACUGGCCAGCGAGCUGGAGCGGGACGACAAAGGAGAUGACACGGACGUCCUAGGAGGGGACAGUGAGCGAGCUCAGGAGGUCGCAGGGGUCGAAAGCGCCCUGUUGCCUUACGUCUCCAGCAUGCUGGGGGCCCCACAUACUCAGAUCUUUAUGUGCCCCUUAUGCAACAAGGUCUUCCCCAGCCCGCACAUCCUGCAGAUCCACCUCAGCACGCAUUUUCGAGAGCAGGAAGGCGUACGGGCCAAGCCGGCCAGUGACGUUAACGUCCCCACCUGCUCCAUCUGCGGCAAAACCUUCUCCUGCAUGUACACGUUAAAGCGCCACGAGCGGACACACUCGGGCGAGAAGCCCUACACAUGCACUACUUGCGGCAAGAGCUUCCAAUACUCGCACAACCUGAGUCGACACGCCGUCGUGCACACACGCGAGAAGCCACACGCCUGUAAGUGGUGCGAGCGGCGCUUCACGCAGUCAGGGGACCUGUACCGACACAUCCGCAAGUUCCACUGCGAACUGGUCAACUCGCUCUCGGUCAAGAGCGAGGCGCUCAAUCUACCCACGGUCAGAGACUGGGCACUGGAAGAUAGUUCUCAAGAACUGUGGAAAUGAAUGCUAAAAUGAUAGCAGACUGUUUGAACUGCUUGUUAAAUUGAUGAGAGAGAUCUGAGUGACAUUUUUUGGGGCAGAGUGGUGAAGGUAAGAGUGGGGCAGAGUGACGGCCGAAGGGUCCGAAUCAGUCAUUUUUCUUGUAUGUACAUUGCAAAUCUUGUUGAAUUGCACUUUACUAGCACAUGAAAAUGUUACUACUGAUUUUUUUUCUUUUAUUAUAUUUUCUGGUUUGUUUAGGGUCUCUUUUUUUUCCUGUUCUCCUUGGGUUUUUAUAAAACAUGGGUGCUGGUCUCAGUAACCAACUUUGACAGAAAAUUUAUUCAUUGGGAUUUUCAACUGUAUAUAAUUUACAGUAUUUGUAUACGCUCCUAAAUUUCAAGGAACAUCUGCCAUGAAAAGCAUAUGAAGAUUUCAGGUAAUAGACGGAGGAUUUUAAAACUAAGGACACACUAAACGGGUACAAUGGUCAUAUAUUUACCUGUACACACUUGCCUCUAUAUAUAUAUAUAUAUAUAUAUAUAUAUAUAUAUAUUGCAUGUAUAUGUAUAUAUAUAUAUAUAUAUAUAUAUAUAUAUAUAUAGUGCAUUACUAAAAUUUGCAGAUAACAUACCUGAUGUGUGACUGUGGUUGCGGCGCAUGUGUAUUCUUGCACAUACGCACAUGUACACACGUAGUGUGUGAGCAGGUCAGUCCUUUAAAUCCCACGAGGAAGCUCUAAGCUCGCGUUACUUAAGCUCUUGUACAUUUUUGACUCGUUAUAGGAAACUUGACUGAUGGAAGACAAACAAGGCACUCAUGCAAUGUACAGUUUCCUUUUUCAUAUCAGUUGCUGCAUUUCCUCUAUCUUUUCUUAAUAUGAUUUGAAGUCAUUUUCACAUUUUAGUUGCAGUCUCUCUACAUCACUCGUUUGCUACUGAAGUUGGGUUUUACAUCGGCUGCAUUUCUAGAGAUUUCUGUAGUGUUUUAUUAAGACUUUUCGUUUUUAAAACGGAAUCUGUUGUUGCAUGAUGUCUGACCUGUAUAUUGAAAAAGAUGUGACUUGCUGUAUUGCUGUACACUGUAAUUGACUGAUUCAUUACAGUCAGGGCACCUGUCUGUUGAGAAAAAAAAGUACCUUUAAUAUUA